GCACCAACCAAGAACCCCCAAGGAAUUCCAAGAAUUCUUGUUAUAUACUCGUUCCAACCUUUAACUCUCUUUUCUAGGUUUAUCGAUAUUGAAUCGAUUGAACGCACUUCUAACACUUGUUUACUAUAUCAAUAG